UCCUUACCUUCCUUGUCGUGGAUCCAAAGAUUUUCCCACGAAGCUAUUGAACUCUGCAACGGUUCAAGCAGGAUGAUGCACCGCUAUCUUCUCGGCCGCGCAAAGCAUGUUGCCCGCCUUCGGCGUUGUAGCAUCCCUUUCGAUACUCGAAGCUUGUCUUCUACACCGACGCCAUCGCCACGCGACGAUCUUCCGUCGUCGGCGGACGUCGUAGUCAUCGGGGGUGGGUCGAUUGGUGCGUCAACACUGUACCAUCUAGGUCGGCUGGGGGUCAACGCGAUCCUGUUGGAGAAGGAUCGAAUGACAGCGGGUACGACAUGGCAUAGCGCCGGGUUGCUGUGGCGUCUCCGCCCGAGUGACAUCGACAUCCAACUGAUUCGACAUACGCGGGACUUGGCCAAGUCUUUAGAAGCAGAAACGGGUAUUUCCACGGGUUGGGUAGAGAACGGUGGGCUUUUCACCGCCAACAACCACGAACGGCUAUCCGAGUACCACCGACUGGCCACGCUCGGCAAGUACUUUGACAUCCCCGCGCAAGUGCUGUCCCCGAGCGACACCAAGGCGCUGUAUCCGCUCAUGAACGUGUCGGACCUCAAAGGCGCGUUGUACUCUCCAGGGGAUGGCACGAUCGAUCCGUCUGGCUGGGUCGCGGCGCUCACAAAGGGAGCGCGGCAGCUCGGGGCCAUGGCGUACGAGCACACGCGCGUCCAAGCUAUCUUGACCGCCGGCGACGACCAAGGAAAGCAGGUUACCGGCGUGCAAGUCGAAGGGGGUCAUGUGAUCAAGACCAAACGCGUUAUCAACUGCGGCGGCGUGUGGGCGCCGGCGAUCGCCAAGCUGGUCGGCCACGUCAUUCCGCUGUGUGCGAUGCAUCAUGCAUAUGUCGUGUCCGAGCGCAUCAAAGGGAUUCAAAACAUGCCCAACAUUCGCGACCACGAUGCGUCCGUGUACCUCAAGCUUCAGGGUGACGUGCUUCAAAUCGGCGGGUACGAACCCAACCCUAUCUUUUGGCCAGAUGUAGACCCGAAUUUUGCGUUUUCGCUGUUCGAGUUGAACUGGGAUGUGUUUUCACCUCAUAUUGACGGCGCCGUGAACCGAAUCCCGAUCCUUGGGUCGACGGGAGUCCGGUCGACUGUGUGUGGACCCGAGUCGUUCACACCAGACCAUAAGGCGCUGCUGGGGCCGCUGCCGGGUGUGUCGGGGUUCUACUUGGGCUGUGGGUUUAAUUCCGCCGGCAUCAUGUUGGCGGGGGGAUGCGGGCGCGAGCUGGCCGAGUGGGUUGUCCACGGACGUCCAUCGCUCGACAUGUUUAGCUACGACAUUCACCGAUUCCAUCCGUCCAUGCUGGGACAUGCCACAUGGAACAAGGAGCGUUCCCAUGAAGCCUACGCCAAGAACUAUGCGAUCGUGUUUCGACACGACGAGCCACUCGCUGGGCGCAAUAUCCGGCUAACUCCAUUUCACCGAGAGCUGACAAAGGCCAACUGUGUAUUUCAGACACGCCACGGAUUUGAACGGCCGGGGUACUUUGCCUCUGCAGAAGUCGUAGCCGUCAAGCCGUACACGUACUAUGGCGCGUACAACAACACCAUCCACUCGACAGACCACUACUUGGCCGCAAUCCAAGCCGACACCACGUUUGGCUGGCCGGCGUCCCAUGCACUUGUGGGGCGAGAAGUCGCCGCGUGUCGAACUCACGCCGCCCUGUUUGAUCAGUCGUACUUUGGCAAGUUUUACCUGGACGGACCUGAAGCCACCGCCGCCAUUGAGUACCUCUGCACCAACCAAAUGAAGGGCGAGGGCAAGACUGUAUACACGCUCAUGUGCAACGCUCGGGGGGGCGUCGAGUGUGACCUGACGGUGAGCCAGGUGGGCCCCCACACAUACUACAUUGUCGCAGGCGGGGCGUCGGCCACCCACGACUGGGAGUGGAUUCGAGCCAACACUCGGCAGUUUGAUGUGACACUGACCGACCGAACCGACGAGUUUGGCGUGCUCAGCUUGCAAGGUCCGGCGAGCCGGCGAAUUCUGCAAACGCUAACAAGUCUCGACUUGACGGCCGACAUGUUGCCAUUCUCGAGCCAUGUGGUCGGCACCGUCGCGGGCGUCGCGGGCGUCCGUGUGCUCCGGCUAACAUUUGUAGGCGAGCUCGGGUACGAACUGCACAUCCCAAAGGCGGGCUGUGCCGCAGUGUACGCAGCCAUCAUGGCGGCAGAUGCCGCAGUUGUGAACGCCGGCUACUUAUGUAUGGACUCGAUGAGUGUGGAAAAGGGGUACAAACAUUGGCACGAAGACUUGAGAUCGGACGACACGCCCGUGGAGGCGGGUAUGUUGUUUGCAGUCAAAUUGUGCAAACCAAUCGAUUUGUUUUUGGGAAAACAUGCGAUCGCAGCGCAAAAGGAGCGCGGCGUGGCCAAGAAACUCAUUGGACUUACCCCCAACGACCCCAUUCCGUUGCAUGGCAACGAAGCCAUCUGGAGAAAUAAUGUGUGUGUGGGGUUUAUCCGGCGCUGUGCAUAUGGCCACACGGUGGGCCAAAGCGUCGGGUAUGGCUACGUUGUACAUCCCGAUGGCCACGUGAUUACGCCGGCGUAUUUAAACGACGGAACGUACGAGAUUGAAACCCUCAACGAGCGCCGUGUUCCCGCCACGUUCCGCCCCAAGGCUGUGUUCGACCCGACGAAUACCCGAGUUCAAGGCAACUACGGCGACAUGACGUAGGGGAAGGCAAGGGGGGGGUAGAUUUAUAUAGGAUAAACCUAAAAUGGCUAAACGGAAUUGGUGGCGGUAGG